UCCUAUUGAUUGCGCGCGGAGUAAUGUGGACGAGCGUGGCACUUGUGUCUUGCAGUCAGUCUUACUAGUGGAACCGAGCUGGGCUAGCGGUACCCAGUAACGUUGUCCGGUACACACAGAAGGAGGGAAGCUUUUUGAUUCAGAUAACAUUUGAUCCAAAUCGCCAAAGGCCCAAUCGGAGAAGCUUGUUUUCUUAAUCAGAUCGGCUUGUUUCUCCACGACCAUCUUUGGGACGGAUAAGUCUCUCUCUCCCUCGCAGUUGCAGAAAAUUGCUCCGCAGCCUUGUAAGCAAUUGGUGCACUGUGAGCGACCAUCAUAAAUCUGGAGGAUUUUCAGCGUCCACGGGUUUGCUUCUGAAUUUGCUUAGGCAGGCUCUUUUAAGGAGUUGAGUACGCAGGUUGGAGAAAUUGAUAAAAUGGCACAAAAAUGCGUUUUAUUUUUAUUGUGGCUUUCGGGCAGAUCACUCGCGGGAUUUCCCAAUCAGAUUAAUAUAGGUGGUCUGUUCAUGCGGUCCACUGUGCAGGAGCACAGCGCGUUUAGGUUCGCUGUUCAGCUCUACAACACCAACCAGAACACUACGGAGAAACCCUUCCAUCUCAACUACAACGUAGACAACCUCGAGUCGUCCAACAGCUUCUCAGUCACCCAUGCAUUCUGCUCUCAGUUCUCCCGAGGGGUCUAUGCCAUCUUCGGCUUCUACGAUAAAAAGUCCAUGAACACCCUGACGUCAUUCUGUGGUGCGCUACACACCUCCUUCGUCACGCCCAGUUACCCCACCGACAACGAGGUGCAGUUUGUCAUCCAGAUGAGACCUGCACUGCGUGGGGCCGUCCUCAGCCUGCUGUCACACUACAAGUGGCAAAAGUUUGUCUACCUCUACGACACUGACAGAGGUUUCUCUAUCCUUCAGGCCAUCAUGGAGUCAGCGGUGACCAACAAUUGGCAGGUGACGGCUCGGUCUGUGGGGAGCAUCACGGACGCAGCAGAGUUGAAACGGAUCAUCGAGGAGAUGGACAGGAGGCAGGAGAAACGCUACAUCAUCGACUGUGAGGUGGACAGGAUCAACACUAUCCUAGGACAGCCCACACGCCCUACUCCCGAACGGUGA